CCGGAAGGGGACGAGAUGACGUCACAUCGGCCAGCGAUAGGUCAAGUCUUUCUUACGAUAUCUGCGGGCGAAACAAGACGUCGAGGUCUGGACUUAUUCUGCCACGGUGCGAGGAUGAACAUAUCAAUGUUAGCUUCAAGGGAAUACACAGUAGCUUCUCUCAACCAUCUCUGCAUAGGACGCUCUUCGUUGAAUAAAUUCAGUCUUCGGAGACCACAUAUUGCUCUUGCAUCACCUUCUUUAUUUAAUUCUACAGAUGCUGUGAACCAGGCUGCUUCAGCAACAACAGAUAGCUUAACAAGCAGCUUACCUGCAGGGUACAUUCCAGAACCACCGCCUCUACCACCACCACCAGUAGAAACAUUGAAUGCAUUAGGAGAACCUACCUUCUCUAGCCUGGGCCUAGCCUCCUGGACACCAAGUGGUUUGAUACAAAGUGCUUUGGAAACGCUUCAUGUCAGUGUUGGUCUGCCAUGGUGGGGUUCAAUUGUUCUAGGUACAAUUAUUGUUCGAAUGUGUAUGUUCCCUCUUGUGGUUUUAGCUCAGAGGAAUGCUACCAGCAUGAGCAACCACAUGCCUACUAUUCUACGUCUACAACAGAACUUCUCUGAUGCUCGCUUGAGUGGCAACCCUGUUGAAGCUUCACUUGCUGGCAAUGAACUAAUAGAGUAUAUGAAACGCAACCAAGUAAAACCUUUUCGGAACUUUCUUGUCCCAUUAGCACAGAUGCCAGUUUUCUUAUCUGUCUUCAUUGGUCUGCGAGGGAUGUGUAACCUUCCUGUGGAAAGUUUGACCACUGGUGGUAUUCUGUGGUUCACUGAUCUCUCUCUGGUCGACUCCUAUUAUGCUUUACCAUUGCUCACUGUGACAACAUUCUUAGCUACCAUAGAGCUUGGUGUUGAUGGUGUAAAAGCUGGAACCAUGUCUCACACAAUGAAGUGGGCCUUCCGACUGAUGCCUGUUGUUCUGUUUCCCAUUAUAUCAGGAUUUCCAACGGCUAUGCUGUGUUACUGGUUUACAUCGAACACCUUUUCACUGAUCCAAGUUUUAUUUCUCAAGAUCCCAGCUAUCCGAAAUUAUUUGAAUAUUCCAAUGCUUGUUAAACACGACCAGACAAGCAUCCGGAAGAAGGGAUUUAUUGAAGGAUUCAGAGAAAGUUGGAACAACGCCAAAACUGCUGCUGAAAUGGAAGAAAGACAAAAAGUUGAUGCUCUUAAAUUUAAAGAAGCUGGUAUGGGUCCAAUUCAGAAGACCUAUGCCUACAACCCAAAGGCCAUUUCUGCUAAAUCAGCUGAUAAAAGGAAGUGAAGUGAAAUGAGUUUUUAUUAGUAAACUGGAAUUGAAGGCCUUCAUCCAUUUUUGUACAUAGUGAGAUACUGUUUGUUCAUAAAUGUUCCAUAUUUCAAUGAAAAA